CUGCGAUUCGCUCCCACCAAUCCUCCUGCGCGAGUUUGGACUCUGGAAUACGCUUUGCUCUGGUGUUGCACCCAGAGACGGUUAGCUCAUUGUGUCGAUAGCCAGGCAGUGAAUGCUGCGUGUCUCACUCUCUCGUCUACCUCGACAAUUAUCCAAGAAAUCACUCUCGCGCACUAUCUAUAUAGCGCCAGGCUACUUGGCAGCUAAAACCAGAACGAAGAUGGUCCAGUCUAAUACAAGACAACGCUCACCAUCACAGGAGCUUUCACACAUUGACAAAAAGCCCCGACUUGAUGUGGAAACCGAUGCGCAGUCGCAAGCUAGCCAUAAUGCUCCACUCACAGACGAACCUAUGAAGGCAGGCGAAAGCUCAACGCCCAAGCAGAAUCCAGACCAGAAAAAGCCAGCUCAAGGCCAGAAGCAGAAGAAGAACUCGAAAAGGAAGAAAGUCAAACACGCUCUUCCUGACCUGUGUUCACCGGAGGAUGUCAUAUCUCGGGACGUAUUCGCAUUGCUUGGCGAAGAAACAGUACAGAAAGCUGUAGAGGAGGGACUAGAUUGGAAUUCACCCUUCAAGCAGAAAGAUGAGGUCGAGUUGGUCGUUUCAGAGAUGUGCUCUUCUGGUGACUCGCUGUCAAUUGCACCGGCACCACAUCCACCAUGGAUAGUGCUCACACCUCUGGCUUUGCCCGGAGAAAAGAUCAGAGUCCGAAUAUACUACAACUCGCGAUUAUACUCACGCGCAGACUUGCUCGAGGUCGUUAAGCCCAAUCCAACGCUUCGAGAUAUGAACCGAGUUAAAUGCAAGUAUUUCGGUGAAUGUGGCGGAUGCCAAUACCAGAUGCUUUCAUACGAAACUCAACUAGAUCUCAAACAAAAUGUUGUAGUGAAAGCUUAUAAGAAUUUCUCUGGUCUUCCAGGGUCUUCUGUUCCUACAGUCCAGUCAACGAUAGGCUCUCCUCUUCAGUAUGGCUACCGUACAAAGAUCACACCUCAUUUUGAAGUGCGACCAAAAGAUAUAAAAGCCAAGGAUUCUAUUGAGCCUGGAACGAAACCGGACUGGCUGAGAAUUGGCUUCAACAAAGUAAAUACCAAAUUCGUUAUGGAUAUUGAGGAAUGCCCAAUCGCGGCGCCAGUCAUUAACGAAGCAUAUGGCCCUCUACGUGAGAAGAUAGUCGAGAAUAUCUUUACUUACAAGCGCGGCGUCUCACUUCUCCUUCGAGAAUCUCUUGAGCUCUCACCAACGUCGGUUUCCACUACCACGGACACCUUACCAAAGGCCGAUUCUGACAUUACCAUGGACACUCUAUCUAAAGACAUGGAAAAGAAGGUCUGCAUAACAAAUCAUAAAGGCACAGUCCGCGAACGUGUCGGCGACUUCCUCUUCGAAUACGGUGCAAGUUCGUUUUUCCAGAACAACAACUCUGUUCUGGUCCCCCUCACCUCUUAUGUCCGAGAUGCUAUCUUCCCGCCCUCAUCGUCAACCCCAUCAGAUCCUUCAGGCUCCGCUUCCUCCAAUCUCAAUCCAACACAUCUUGUAGACGCAUACUGCGGUAGUGGUCUCUUCGCCAUCACCCUCUCACCAUACUUCCAAACUAUCGCCGGUAUCGAGCUCUCCACCGAAUCCAUCAAAGCCGCUAAGCGCAAUGCCGAGUUGAACAACCUCCCUUCAGGAAAGUGUUCAUUCCUUGAGGGCGAUGCUUCCAAUAUCUUCACCACAGUCCAAUCUUUUCCUCGCAGCGAAACGGUCCUCAUCAUCGACCCACCACGAAGGGGAUCGGAUGAGAAGUUCGUUGACCAGAUGAUCGAUUUUGGAUGUUCCGUAGUGGUGUAUGUGAGUUGUAACGUACACACUCAAGCGAGAGAUGUGGGUAUGAUCUUGAGAAAGAGUCAGGAGAAGAUGAAGGAAAAGGGGAAGGAAUAUGUUCUGGAGAGUCUUAGAGGGUUUGAUUUGUUCCCUCAGACCGCUCACGUUGAGAGUGUUGCUGUACUCAGAUUAAUCGAUUCUCCUAGGCCUGUAGAUGUGACGCAGUCAUAGUGUACAACGAUAGUACAUUCGGUUCUAUUCUUCUAUCCUCGAUUAGUCUGCGGGCCCGUAAAGACCGGAUAUACAGAAGGGUUAGAUAUACUCUACUUGUUAGAUCAGUCUGAGCGGUUUCUCAUGAGCCUUUUAGAUCAUCUC